AGGAAUCAAUCCGAAUCAUCCCGCAGCACCACCGCCCGCACUCUCACACCAGCAGGACGGUUUACACCAGCAGGACGGUGACCUCCGGUGUCUGACUAGGGUGAGGGUAACACUUUCUUGACCCAGAACUUGCUAUUUUCGUCUGCUGAUACGUUCACGCUACGCUUAUUUUGUGCUUCAUGCGAAACAGGAAAACGGUAUCAAGGCGGUGCUGUUCCCACGAAGAUCCGACUAGCUAUCGGCUUGCGGAUGAUGGCCGGUGCUUCGUAUCUCGAUGUCGCCGUGCUACUCGGCGUGUCCAAGGAGACGGUCUUCAGUAUCUUGUGGCAGGUGGUGGAUGCCAUCAACAGCACAGCAGUGGUUGGGCCGUUCUUUUUUCCGCAGAGCGAGGAUGAGUGCACCCGGCAGGCGGCAGAAUGGGAGGUGCGGUAA